AUGGCGGCCAAACGCAGCACAUCUCGUAUCUUUCAUGACUUACGAGAUGAAGACGAAGGUUCUUCACUCGAUGGUAGCGUGGAACCUGUUGUCUUGUCGUCCAACCAGAACGACAGCGCUCUUGGCUCGAGUACUAGUGGUUACAAUACGCUCGGGAGUCCAGCUUUGCUCCAAUCACCGAGACAAGUACGCUGCAAGGGCAAGAAGAUUGAUGUGGAGCAGAUUUUAAACGAAGAUGAGCUUGUGGACUAUUCGUCGCAGCAUACGCCGGGAUCUUCUGCUGGCAGUGUCCAUAGAGAUGAGAAUACGGAGCUGAGAGAAGUGUUUUUUAACUAUGCACCGGGCAAUGUUGCCUUUGACAAGUGCUCGAAUAUUGUCGUGACAUCAAAGUAUUCCCUUGUGACGUUCUUGCCCAAGUUUUUGAAAGAAAGUUUUACCAAAGUGGCCAAUUUCUUCUUCCUUAUGGUCUGCGUCUUGCAGAGUAUCCCCAGCAUCAGCAAUACGUACGGAUAUCCGACCAAUGCACCAGUCUUGUUCUUUGUCAUCUCUAUUGAUGCCGUGUUUGCAGUCAUGGAAGACUUACGGCGACAUACAUCCGACAAUGAAGCCAACUCAGCAGUAUGUCAUGUCAUUCAGGAUGGACAGAUUGUGGACAGGAAAUGGGCAGAUAUUAAGGUUGGAGACUUUUUACAGAUCCGGAAUCGAGAAGUUAUUCCUGCAGAUGUACUUGUGCUUGCAGUCGCAGAGCCUGCAGGUGAACCUUCGAGCGGCAUUUGUUACGUGGAGACCAAGAGUCUGGAUGGAGAAACAAACCUCAAACUGCGACAAGCUGUGGCUGCUACGAUGAACUCAUUGUCAAACCCGGCAGAAUUGGCCGUGCUGCGCGGUGUCGUCAAAUGUGAACAGCCCAACCCACACAUUAACAAAUUUGCAGGCAAAGUAGAAAUCACGGUAUGUGAUGGUGGUGGUGUCGAGGUCAUGCCGCUUUCGGUCAAGAACGUGCUGCUACGAGGCUGCAACUUGCGAAAUACGGACUGGGUAUUUGGACUUGUGCUUAACACGGGCAAAGACACAAAGAUCAUGCAGAGUUCUAGUGCAGCGCCGUCCAAAUGGAGCGAUCUUAUGCUUAGCAUUAAUCGAAUGAUCGUUGUCCUGUGCUUAGGACUGUUUGUGGCUUGUGCCGUGGCUGCUUCUUGCUACAUCACAUGGCAGACAGAAAUUGUACGCGAUACGUGGUACAUUCAGCUUUCGGAUGCGGAGAGAGACCGGUCGCGCUUUGUGGCGUUUAUUCAGAUGAUGUUUUACUAUUUCUUGCUGCUCUACCAGGUGAUUCCUAUCUCGUUGUACGUAUCCAUGACAAGUGUCAAAUUCUUACAGUCACGAUUCAUGUCGUGGGACCUUGAGAUGUAUCAUGCUGAGACAGACACGCCUGCUAUCGUGCGAACUAUGGAGCUAAACGAAGAGCUGGGCCAGAUUUCCUACAUUUUUAGCGACAAGACGGGAACGCUAACAUGUAACAUUAUGGAGUUUCGCAGGUGUUCCAUUAAUGGCACUUCAUAUGGCUCCGGUAUGACGGAAAUUGGACGCGCUGCACUGACUCGUGCUGGAAAGCCGAUUCCAUCGGAGCCUAAGCUGGACCCGAGCGUCAAGAAACUACCGUUUGUGAACUUUGUUGACGAGACACUGUUCGACGGAAUGAAGGGAAGUGCUGGUGAAGAGCAAAAGGAGAAGAUCCUCCAGUUUUUCGAGCACCUUGCUGUAUGCCACACAGUGAUCCCUGAAAAGCUAGAGUCUGGAGAAGUUCGUCUAUCAGCGUCAUCUCCUGAUGAACAGGCUCUUGUGGCUGGCGCAGCCUUUGCAGGGUUCAAGUUCAAAAGUCGUAGUGUAGGAACCGCGAUGGUGGAGGUUCUAGGAGAACGCGUGACCUAUGAGGUGCUGGACGUGCUCGAGUUUAACAGCACGAGAAAGCGCAUGUCUGUUGUCGUGCGCAAAUCAUCAGGGGAGCUGUUGCUCUACACGAAGGGAGCUGACAUGAUGAUUUAUCAACGCUUGAAGGAUGGCCCUGCAAUGCAAAAACUCAAGAAUAUUACACGAGACCAUAUGGAAAAGUACGCCGACGAUGGCUUGCGUACGUUGGCGCUUGCCAUAAAGAAGCUUGAUCCGCACUGGUUCCAACAAUGGAAGGUGCGAUUCGAUGAUGCACAGGGUAACGUGGCCGAAAUCGACCGACGCAAAGAUGGGAAGCCAAAUGCUAUUGAUGAUCUGAUGGAAGAAAUUGAACAAGGACUGGAGCUGAUUGGAGCGACGGCAAUCGAAGAUAAAUUACAGGAGGGUGUUCCGCAAUGCUUGGCAAAUUUGACGAAAGCUGGCAUCAAGGUCUGGAUGCUUACGGGAGACAAGGAAGAGACUGCAAUUAACAUCUCGUAUGCAUGCUCACUGCUCGGUAACUCGAUUCAGCAAGUCGUUGUAAAUGCCACCACAUGCCCGGAUGAGGAAACGCUCCGUACAAAACUGAAUACAGCAGCUCGUGAGUUUAUGGACAAUGCGAAAGGAAUGGCGGGUGGAACCGAGAAGGAAAUCUCGCUAAUUAUUGACGGCGAGGCAUUGGAGAUGGCGCUUCGUCCUGAAAUCGCGCCACACCUGCUGUCAUUUGCCAAGUUAUGUCGUGCCGUGAUCUGCAACCGUGUAUCUCCUGCUCAAAAGGCAGAGAUGGUGAAGCUUGUAAGGGACAAUAUCACUUCAGUACGAACUCUAGCUAUUGGUGAUGGAGCCAACGAUGUUGCUAUGAUCCAGGCUGCUCAUGUCGGUGUGGGCAUUUCUGGACAGGAAGGUAUGCAGGCAGUGAACUCAAGUGACUAUGCUAUUGCCCAGUUUCGAUUCCUGGAACGGCUGUUGCUUGUUCACGGACGUUGGAACUACAUCCGCAUUUCUAAACUGGUUCUGUACAUGUUCUAUAAGAACAUUACACUUGUCCUGGCGCAGUACUGGUACGGCUACCUAUCGGGCGCUUCUGGAUCAAAAAUGUACUGGGAAAUCGGUGUUCAGCUGUAUAACAUUGCCUUUACGGGUCUGCCUAUUGUCGUGGUGGGUGUUUUGGAUAAGGACCUGCCAGCACCAUUCAGCAUCGAGUACCCGGACUUGUACCGUCGCGGCCCAGAUCGAUUCUUUUUUAACAUGUACACCUUCUUUCGCUGGGUCGCUGCUGCUUUCUAUGAAUCGCUGGUUAUCUUUGUGGUAAUGUCUUAUGGAUUCAACGCGUCCGACAAGGCGGCAGGCAGUGAGUCUCGAGUGGAAUUCGGCAUGAUUGCAUUUUCGCUGACAGUUUUGAUCGUGAACAUUAAGAUUUGGAUGAUCGCGGAUCGAUGGACAGUCCUGUCGUUUUCAUUAUGGUUUGGCAGUGUGAUGGCAUGGUUUGUUUUCGCAACCAUAGGCACCCAGACUCCCUACAUUGCGACAUUCAAGGUCGGCUACGACGAGUAUGGAGCGUUUAUUCCCACUGCCAAAAAUUGGGGAUACCUCCUAGUGCUGAUCAUGGGAUGCGCGUUGGCGCUCGGUCGUCACAUUGCGUAUAACCUUUACCAGCGUACGUUCCACCCAGAUCUUGCACAGCUUCUUCAGGAAACAAUGGGAGGCGCAAAGUACAAACGUCGUCUCACUAUUAACCACGUGGAAGAGCAAACGUUGUCAAUGUCCUUGGACGACGUCCAUGCAACCAGUUACUUGACCGAUUUCGGCCACACUGAUGCCGAGAUUGUCAAGGCUCAGCACCAUGAACAGCAGCGAAACAAGAGUCUGUCAAGCACUGCCGGUACAUUUGCAGUAUCCGGCAAUUGCGGCGUCCCAGACAGCUAUUCAACCAGUGUAUAUCGCGACUCUAUGUCCGAGGACGGUAACCGCGUUCCAACAAAGAUGUUCCAUCCAACAACAACGAAUCAACGUACUACGGGUUAUGCCUUCAGUUGUGACGAAGAGACGACGUUAGCCGAGUCGUAUAUUGCCUCCAAUUCGUGUCGGCUCUCCGAUGCUAUCUCAACAGCUAUGCGCAACUCAACUUCAAGUUAA